UCUCCUUGGAAAAAUGAACAGUCUACAGUGGAUUGCUUCUUACAUCUUACUUUGGUGCUCAUAUACAGUGUGUACAAGAAGCAAAACCAUUGGUCUCAUCCACUCUGGGUACCACUACGAAUCUCAUAGUGAACAAAAUAUGUUUCGUCACAAAGGUUUGUUGUCGGAAAACAAAGAGAGGAUUCUGAGUCUCAACCCAAUGACAAGAAAUACUUUUUACAACAAGACAAAUGCAAAGAUGCAGUCAACUGCUUUCAAACAUGUGGAAGACUUCCAACAGAUAUCUUCAGAUGCUUUCAUUGUUAACGUGGAUCGUUACAGCAACUGGUCGAAUUGGUCCAAGUGUGAGCGACACAAGUGUUUUCAGAAGCGCUAUCGAGAGUGCGUCGACGAUUCCUGGAUGGAAAUUAAUCGCAAUACAUACGGGAAAGCAAAAUGUACGACUAGAUUAUAUAUGGAAGUACGCACGUGCCAAAAUAUGGCGCAGUGUACUCAACAUGCAAUGCUGGCAAAUUGUGGCGUUCGACCGGCGGAUAUGGGAGCCGCAGCAAAUGGACUGGUUCUUUCAAGCACCAAGCCAAUCCUUUGGCCUUGGGCCGUUCGUUUGUCGAUGCCAUGGACAGCAGAGAGCCAAGAAACCUUUUGCGGUGGAACGCUAAUUGGUCCUCAGUGGAUUAUCACCGCUGCGCAUUGCGUCACCGAAUGGGUGGAUAAGAACUCGCUUAUGGAAUCGAAAGAGGACGCAAAAUUGGAUAAUGAAACCAUACUUGCAUUUGUGGGUGAUCUGGACAUUCAAACGGGAGAAGAGUAUUAUCAAGUAUACGCGAUACAAAGGGUAAUCUUGCAUCCGGCUUUUCAACCGGGUAGAGAGAACAACGGUGCAGACAUCGCAUUGCUGUACAUGAAAGAGCCGGUUGCAGAUUAUCCGGAGAUUAAUUACGCCUGCCUGCCAAAUGAGCUCAAUCUUCUGGAAACCGGUGCUGAGUGCCACGCUAUUGCAUGGGACAACGGUUACGUUAAGCAUGUAGACAGCUUAUGGGGCAGCGCAGGAAACCCAAGCACUACACAUCAGACACGGCAGACACGUCAGACAAAUGACGAUGAAUGGACUCCGGAAAUAUUGCGCCAGGUCAAUCUGACUGUGUGGAUGCCCCAGGUAUGCAAGAACCAUUACAAGGAUCUCCGCGAACAGAUGAUUAUUUGCGCAGUUGCAAAUGGAAUGAAAUCGUGCCCCGUUGACAGCGGCAGUGGCUUAUACUGUCAGUUGCCGAAAAAGAACGGAUGGUUUAUUGCUGGUGUUGCAAGUUUUGGAGAUAGUCUUCUCUGUGGAUUGUUUCCGGGAGUUUACACUUCAGUCAUUGCUCAUCAAGACUGGAUUUGGCGGGAGAUCUCCAAAGGAAAACGGAACAAGCCUUAGAAACAGAGAGAUUUUACUGCUCAUUUUACAAAUGUUUAGCGCGUAAGCAGUUGAUAUGCGCAGAAGCUUGAAAGAUACUUUGCUUUUGUUAAUUUUAUUUCCUCCUAAUAUUGAAAACAAAAGUGUUGGUGAAGUUUAAACGAUUACACAAGCGGACACAAGUUCCGCGAUGAUCGUGCUGGACAAUUUACUUGCUUGUUAGUUAAAUGGAAUGAGUUCAUUUUCACCAAAACUUUUCGUUAUAUUCCGAUUUAGACCACGCUUUAAUGAUAUGUUUACUUUUUAUUUCUUGUGUUUGACGGGGUAAAACGAAUUCCCUAAAUGCGUUGUGGUCAUUAUCAGCUAUAUGUCUGAUAAAAUUUGUU